AUGGACGAGUGGUUUCACUACAACCACAUCUUGAGAGAGAAGAGAUUAGCUUAUGCCAUUAGCCAACUCGUGGGAGAUGCUCGCCAAUGGUGGUUGCAAGAAGUUGAUUAUCGCUGGUACUACAAGGAGCCGAGUAUCACCUCGUGGAGAGAUCUUAAGAAGCUGUUAAUGAAUAAAUAUGCUCCACAAGCCAAUGCUAAGAAACCAGCCUUAUUCCAAGAUCAAAAAAAAUUCCCAGCACCCGUGGAGGCUAAGACGCAGCCAGCCCUUGUUGAGAAGUUGAUCAAGCACUAUAAAAAUAAGAAAAUGGAGGAUACACCAACAUCUCAACCGAAGAAGGUCACCAAACAAGUUGCCAUUCACAAGCAAAGUCUAAAACCAUCAUUUGAAUCAUGCGAUGAAGCGAAGCAAUGUCAUAGUACGAAGCAUGAGAAUGAGAAAACUAAAGAGGCUUUAAAAGAGAAACCAAUGAUGCUCCAAGAAGACACUAAGAACAAUAAUAAAGAGAAUGAAGAGAUUCAACCACUCGUAGCCGUUCAAAAUCAGCAAAGCUCAAGCAAUAAGGAAGAACAAAGUGAAAACAAAACCUUAGAAUAUAUCGCCUCGUUGCAAGCUAAGUGUACUAAUUUCUCUUUCCAAUAUGAGUUUGUGCUUGAUAAACUAACCAAUAUAACAAGACCGUCCGAGAAUGUCGCUUUAAUGAGGGCGACCUAG